UGUCCUUCAAAAAAAAAGACCAAAAGCACUAGGCUGAAGACGUCAUCCAAGUUUUAGGUAGAAAGAGUGAGGAAAAAAAAAAAAGAAAAACGACAAAUCAUGCAAACGGAAAUAAUUGAGCUUAUUUCAAUUUAUCAUGUCAUUAGUUGCUUAUUGAGACAGACCUAACUGUCUUUUUCCAGUUCAGUUUACCAUAAACAGGAGAUCAACACUGUACAUCUGUUUCCUGUGGAAAAGCUGGAUAUGUUUUAGGUUAUGAAUUCAGUUGUUAAAUAAUGGAUCAUACUAGCAGCCUGCAAAAAAAACAACAAAAAACGGUCAGGUUGAACGUCGUCAUCCCGCCUCCUCUGCCCCGUUUGCAGACUUGCAAUUGGUCGGCUGGCUCGCCACUCCCCGACCACCCAGGUUAGGUUGCUCCGUACCGUUGUGAUGCUGCUCAAUUGAUGGGCGUACAGAAAGAUACCCUUACGUGUUCCCAUUGUGCAGCACAACAAAAACCAUGUUCGUUUCUGUCUGCGUUUGCUUUCUCUGCGGCAAAAUCCUCCCGGAGAUCCGCUGUUUUUUCUCCCACCGCACUGCUUGAUAAGCGGCUCUGGCUCAGUUGUUGCGGCCGUUUUAAAGGUGGGUAAAAGAAAGCUCAUGACAGGAACAACAACACAGGGCAGCGCAUCGCGGCUAGCAGCAGCAGCAGCAGCACACCAGCGUGCAUCACUUUAAUUCAGGUGAGCUUGCUUGACUGGGGUCCUUCUACGCACGCAUGGCGGACUCGGACACUUUGGGGAAAUUGCACCUGCCGUGAAGAGGGAAGGGAACCGAAGCACAUGGACGGAUCUGCUCCCUGGACCUCACGUCGGACUGUCAGACCUGAGUAACCUGCGCCCUCGUCGUGCCGCCAUGGAGCGUUAACAGUUUUAAUUGUGUUAUUUAUUUGUUUUUUGUUUAUUUGUUUGUUUUUUUACUACUCGUCGCGGGGGCUUCGAGAACCCAUCCGAGUGCGAGGAUGACAGCUGAUCGCCCCUCCUCUCCCCGGACCGGGAUAAAAAGGCGCUCCAACUGAGUAGUGCGCCGCCUUCUUUCUCAGCUGUGUGUGUGUGUGUGUGUGUGUGUGUGUGUGUGAGAGACAAUAGAUAGAGCGCACGGGGCUGUAACGUUUGGCUUCCUCCUCGUCGGGUUCUUCACUCCUCACGUCCUUGUCAAAGAUUUCACACAAACGCCAUCAGACCGCAUCACUGAUUCGCUUCUCCUCAUUUGCAAAGAUCACACCCUCCAUUAACGGGCUCACCUCUCCACAUGGAAGGAAACUUCCAUUCCUCCUCUUGCUCCUCUUUGAUGCUUUGCGCUAAACCCACGGCCGGCGGGGAUGAUCCUUGAGUGGCCGAUGAAAUAAUCAGCGUCGCGGUGUCAGCAAAGGGCUUGAGCCCCAGGGGAUUUGGAUAGAUUAUCGCUAGAGUGCUAUUUUGCUCACCCGGUCACACUCUCAACUGAAUUUAGCGGCUUUGGAGCUGCAGCCUUUUCACUGCUUUCGCCCAAGUGCGUGUAAACUCUAAAGCUACAAAGAGGAAGAAAGAGAGAGAGAGAGAGAGAAACAGGGGUGAAUCCGCAAGCAAUGCCUUGCACAGAGGCGCUUGGAUCCACAUCAGAGGACGCCACCAAAGUGCCGUCACGCCGCGGGUGUGGGGGGAUGAGACGCGCCUCGGGGUUGUAGUCAGCAGCAGUCCGUGCCGCGGGAUGCCUUCGCCGUGACUUCAGGAGAGGCUGGUCCGCCAAGCAGAGAGAGCCCAGCGAAGAGUCCAACAGCAGCGCCUUCAAGGACCACUUUCCCCGGACCCGUUUUGUCUCCUAUCCACCGGAGGAUGUUUCAGCGAGGAUGCUGCGCUUCCCCGUGAAGAAGAUCCGGAAGCAGUUCAAGCUCCUGCUGCUGCUGGUGCUGCUCACCUCGGCCGUGUGGUUCACCUACCUGCACAUCAACCAGGGCAAGACCAUCAAGCUGCACUUCAACUACGGAAAAGAUGGAGAGAGACAGACGGACGGGACGGACGCCAGCCGAAAGAGGGACACUCGCUCCUCAGCCGGACACCACAAGAGCGAGGACACCAGUGACAGUAGGGAGGACGAGGCGGCAGUAAGUCUCUCUCUCUCUCUCUCUUGCAACAUUUUGUUUUGUUCCCUCACGCUGAAACUAUCAGAGAGAUGCUCCUGUCUUAAUGCAUAUUCACCACACCACCCACAUCUCUCUGACUAACCGGCAGCAGCAAGGUUUUAUGCAUCUGUGUGUAGAGAAGCACAUCAU